AUGUUUUUUCAAGUCGUCUGCAUUCUAGCUGCCUCUGUGCAAGGUGGCCUCACACAGGAUAGGCCUACAGAAGAGGUGAAGUCAGUUUGUGGAGAGGACUCAAUUCUGAAAUGUAAAGCAAUAUGUAAGCCUGGGUUCCAAUACCGGGCGGUGAGGUACUACCAGCUGGGUGAGGAGCCCUCUAAUAAGGAGUCUGGUCUAUUGAUGAAGAGGCUAUCACCUAACAGCACCGCCCAAUGGUACUCAGGCCUGGAGCGUAAAGUGGAACUUUUGGCUGAUAAUUAUUUUGAUAUCUUCCUGCCCAAUGUAACGGCUGUUGAUAGCAGCAAGUACAAGUGUCUCCUGGCAGCACCUGUAGGAGAGCAGAACCAGGAGGGGCAGGUUCACCUCAGAGUGACAGGUUGCCUGUACAAUAAGUCCACAGACCAAUCAGAAAACAAUACCAUCCUAGUUCUUUCCAUUGUGGACCUUCGACAUGAGCUAACCAACUGGUCCCUGGUGGUCUAG